AUGGCCCUCUCAGUCUCUGUGCUGCUGGCCCUGGUGAUGUUAUGCUCCAGCCCUGUCUGCUCUCGGGACUGCGCCCUGCAUCCAAGCCAUGGCAAUCCAGAAACCUUCACGCUAUUGAGUCAAAUGGAGAAAAUCUCCAUUCUGUCUUGUCUGAAGGAUAGGACUGACUUCAGCUUUCCUCAGAUGCUUGUGGAUGGGAACAAGUUUGAGAAGACAGAAACCACACUUGUCAUGCAUGAGAUGCUCCAGCAGAUCUUCAACCUUUUCAGCAAAAGUGACUCUCUUGUGGCUUGGGAUGAGACCCUACUGGACAAAUUCCUCGCUGGACUUCAUCAGCAGGUGGAUGAUCUGGAGACAUGUUUGGAGGAAGAAAAGAACGUGGAACUGUUAAGUGAGAACUCCAGACUGGCUGUGAAGAGAUACUUCCAUGGAAUCAGUCUCUAUCUUGAAAAGAAAGUAUACAGCCACUGUGCCUGGGAGGUUGUCAGGGUGGAAAUCAGAAGGUGCUUGUUCUUCAUCAAUGAGCUCACAGCUAAACUCAGGAAAUAA